AAGGGGGAAAUUCGUACUCCAACAUGGCACUGUCUUUCGUUCUUGAAACACCUGUAACAGGUUUUAACUUUGAAAAUUCGACGAGAAAUGCUAGAUUGGAGAGUUUACUUGGGGAGGUGAAAGCCAAGGCACCUAGCCCACUCAAAACAGGGACUACCAUCGCAGGAGUUGUUUGUAAGGAUGGGGUGGUCCUAGGAGCAGAUACUAGAGCCACGUCAAGUGAGGUGGUGGCUGAUAAGAUGUGUGCAAAAAUCCACUACAUUGCUCCAAAUAUAUAUUGCUGUGGUGCAGGCACAGCAGCAGAUACAGAGAAAACUACAGAGAUACUCUCCUCCAACCUCACAAUCUUCUCCAUGAACAGUGGCAGGAACCCACGCCUCAUCAUGGCAGCUAACAUCCUACAGGAUAUGCUCUUCAGGUACAAGGGCCAGAUUGGGGCCCAUCUGAUCCUUGGAGGGGUAGACUGCACAGGGAGUCACCUUUAUACUGUUGGGCCCUAUGGAAGCAUGGAUAAAAAGCCUUAUUUGGCCAUGGGGUCUGGAGACCUUGCUGCUUUGGGAAUACUAGAGGACAGGUUCAAGCCUAAUAUGGAGAUGGAGGAUGCCAAGACUUUGGUGCGUGAUGCCAUCCAUGCUGGCAUAAUGAGUGACCUUUGCUCUGGAAACAAUAUAGACAUUUGUGUCAUCACCAGAGAGGGUGUGGACUACAUAAGACCCUAUCAAGAAUCAGAAUAUAAGGACAAGAGGCAAAGGAAAUACAAGUACAAGCCAGGCACAACUCCUGUUCUGAAAGAGAACGUGGUUCCCCUUGAAAUUCAGCUAGUGGAGGAGACCGUACAGCGGAUGGACACAGCUUAAUCAUUACAACAUUAAAUAAUUUGCCAGAUCAGAUGUGAGAAUGUGUCAUGUCUGUCAACUGCUACUGUAACAUGUCCAUGGAAUUGAAAAAUAUAUUUGGAAUAUUAAUAAAUGUAUGGAUAUUUUGGAAUGCCAUAGGACCACCAGCUGUUAGCCAUGAAAUGUGUAGUUUUAGAUGUAUUCACAAAAGCAAACAUCUCCGCAUUAAUCUGUAUAUUGGAAAAUCAGUAAUAAUUAAUGGUUUGAUAUGUUGUUGGUAUGGUGACAACAAAAAUCUGUCCAAACAGAGUCCAAAAAGUCCAAACAGAGUCCAAAAAGCAUUGUCUAGGCAAAUUCUGAUCCCACCCUAAGGGCCAA